AUGUUGGUCUAUCAAGAUCUUCUCUCUGGUGAUGAGCUUCUCUCCGAUUCUUUCCCAUACAAGGAAAUUGAGAAUGGGGUGCUGUGGGAAGUUGAAGGAAAGUGGGUUGUUCAAGGAGCCCUUGAUGUAGACAUUGGUGCAAAUCCUUCUGCUGAGGGAGGUGGUGAAGAUGAGGGUGUUGAUGACCAAGCUGUCAAGGUGGUUGACAUUGUUGACACAUUUAGGCUCCAGGAGCAACCUGCUUUUGACAAGAAGCAGUUCGUCACAUACAUGAAGAGAUUUAUCAAGAUAUUGACGGAAAAACUUGAUGACGAAAAGAAAGAACAAUUUAAGAAAAACAUUGAGGGAGCAACCAAGUUCUUGCUUCCAAAACUCAAAGACUUCCAAUUCUUUGUGGGAGAGAGUAUGCAUGAUGAUGGUUCUUUGGUCCUUGCUUACUACAAAGAAGGUGCUACCGAUCCAACAUUUUUGUACUUUGCUCAUGCUUUGAAGGAGGGUAAUUGUUUAAAAACGGCAGGAGCAUUUCGUAAGGAUGCUGGUAAAGUACGGCUACAGGAGCGAGUGGAUAGGUUUGCAACGUUUUAUUUGCUGAGGUGCGCUGAGGCCUGA